AUCAUUUUCAUUUUUCACACACACAAAAAAAAAGAAAAUGUACAUGUCUGAAAAACCCCAACCACCGCAAGAAUCCGCCAUCGAUUACUACACCACCGCCACCGGCGGCAAGCAGGAAUCUCCGCACCGCAACAGCAACAUGAUCAUCCACCUCAGCCCCCAACCCCAUCUCCACCACCUCCCCGACGGCGCCGCCACCCCCACUGCCGGAGACGACACCGCCGCCAACAACCAGAACUCGGCCAACCCAACAUCCUCGGCGGGCCCCAAGAAACGGGCCGAGACGUGGGCCCAGGAGGAGACGCGGGCCCUCAUCUCCCUCCGCAAAGAAAUAGACAUGCUGUUCAACACAUCGAAGUCGAACAAGCAUCUGUGGGACAGCAUAUCUAUGAAGAUGAGGGAAAAGGGGUUCGAUAGAUCCCCAACGAUGUGUACUGAUAAGUGGAGGAAUUUGUUGAAGGAGUUCAAGAAAGCCAAACAGAAUAACGCAGAUGGUGGUGCUUGUUAUAAGAUGUGUUAUUACAAGGAGAUUGAUGAGGUUAUGAGUGAGAGAAAUAAAAAUGGUCCGAGUUGGAAAAGUUCUGAGAUUUCGAACAGUGCCUGUGCUGGGUCUGGUGGUUCUAAAGUGGAUUCCUUUUUGCAGUUUGCUGAUAAAGGUAUUGAUGAUGCCAGUCUUCCUCUUCCCUUUGGACCUGUGGAAGCUAAUGGAAGGUCUACCCUUAAUUUAGAAAGAAGAUUGGAUCACGAUGGGCAUCCUCUUGCAAUAACUGCUGCUGAUGCUGUUGGAGCUAGUGGAGUUUCUCCAUGGAAUUGGAGGGAAACUCCCGGAAGGGGUGAACCUGCGAAUUCUUUUGGAAGGGUGAUAACGGUUAAAUUGGGUGAUUAUACAAAGAGAAUCGGGAUCGAUGCCAGUGCAGAAGCCAUCAAAGAAGCCAUCAAGUCCGCUUUCAGGCUAAGGACAAGACGUGCUUUUUGGUUAGAGGAUGAAGAAAAUGUCGUUCGGUCGCUUGACAGGGAAAUGCCCCUUGGUAACUACACUCUUCAUGUUGAUGAAGGCCUGACUAUUAAAGUUUGCAUCUUUGAGGAAACGGACCAAAUGCCAGUACACACGGUGGAUAAAACUUUCUACACAGAGGAUGAUUUUCGCGAAUUCCUCACGCGCCGUGGCUGGACUUCUCUAAGAGAGUACAGUGGCUUUCGUAAUAUUGACAAUAUGGACGAGCUUUGCCCUGCACACAGUAAAACCUCUGCUUUAGCUUUGUUUCUUUCUGGGUUCAUGGCAAAGAUCAAGAUUGGGAUCAAUGGGUUUGGAAGGAUUGGUCGUUUGGUUGCGAGGGUUGCUCUGCAAAGAGAUGAUGUAGAGCUUGUUGCUGUUAAUGAUCCAUUCAUCAGCACUGAUUACAUGACAUACAUGUUUAAGUAUGACAGUGUCCAUGGACAAUGGAAGCAUAAUGAUGUGAAGCUGAAGGAUGAAAAGACCCUUCUUUUUGGUGAUAAGCCGGUCACUGUGUUCGGCUACAGGAACCCUGAAGAGAUCCCAUGGGCUGCAGCUGGGGCUGAGUUUGUUGUGGAGUCUACUGGAGUCUUCACUGACAAGGACAAGGCUGCUGCUCACUUGAAG